AUGCCGGACGCCUCAGAUCAAACCAUAUUGCCCCUGCCCGACGAUGUCGUUGCUCAGAUCAAGUCUUCUGCCGCCAUCGUGUCGUUGGCGGGCGUUGUGCUAGAACUUGUCAAGAACUCGCUGGAUGCAAAAGCUACCAGGGUUGAAGCUACUGUUGACUUUGUUCGUGGGGGUUGCAUCGUUGAGGACGACGGACUCGGCAUCUCGCCCCUUGAAUUUUCGGACAAAGGGCGGCUAGGAAAACUAUACUGUACGUCCAAAUACCAUGCAAAGGAGCCUCUACUUGGCCGAAAUGGCACCUUUCUCGCCGCACUCGCUGCCAUGUCCUUCUUGGCCAUUGCCUCACAUCAUCAUGAGUAUCGGUCGCAGAACGCGGUCAUUUUCCACCACGCUAGGGUUGUCGAGCGGCAGUUACCGGCGUCAGCCCAUCAUGAGGUGCAUGGCAGACAUGGCACCCGUGUCACUGUGCGAAACCUAUUCGGAAAUAUGCCAGUACGGGUGAAACAGCGGGCGGUGAUGGCGGCCCAGAAAGAUGAAUAUGAGAAGAUGUGCGAAGGGCUGAAACAUGACAUCGCAGGCCUGCUCCUUGGUUGGCAAGGCACUGUAUCCGUGCGUAUUCGAGACGGCGACAACAAACCCAUUCUCAACCUCAACACGUCUGCUAGAACAGACCAAAACAUAGGAAAGGCCCGUUCGGCACAGCUGAGUUCCCUCCUCAACAUCCUGACCCAAGCCAACUACAUUGGCAUUGAUGAGUGGUCAUCUUGGGUGCCAGCGUCAGCCUCGACCUCUACCGUCUCUGUCAGGGGCGCCAUAUCCCUUGAGCCAGCCCCCAGCAAGCAUGUGCAAUUCAUUUCUCUCAGCAUACGGCCGCUUUCGUCUGAUUCUGGACAUAAUGAGUUAUUCGAUCAUGUGAAUCGUCUUUUUGCACUCUCCAGUUUUGGCACUGUAGAAGAAGAAGCAGUUGUCGAUGUAUAUGAGAAGAUGCGGCGGCAGUCAGAUAAGCGCUUCAAGAAAGAUGGCUACACUAACCGACAGCUCAAGAUUCGCAAGGAUAUUGAUCGAUACCCCAUGUUCCAUCUCCGUAUUUCGUUGACAGAAACUGAUGGAAUGGCCAUGUCUGAAGAUCAGGUCAUGGGAAAUGAAGCGAACCUGCAGAGUAUCAUGGAUGUUUUGGAGGCAAUGAUAACACAAUGGCUGGUCGUUCACCAUUUUCGACCCCGUCAAUCUCGAAAGAGACGGGAUGCGCCUGACACAGCUUCUAUUUUGUCGAGCGAGACUGCUGCAAGCGGCUCAUCAACAGUUACAAGAUCUGCUUCUCCAGGGCAGUUAUCGGUGCCCAAGAACAAUUCUGCAUGCACAGGGACUCGAAAGAGAAAGCGCUCGAAAGAUUCGAACUCACAUGAGCACUCUAAAAAACAUCGUCAAGCUUUUGCGACAUGGUCGCGUAUCAAAAGCGGAAAGUCCGAAUUCUUCGAUACCCUACCCGCCAGGCCCAAGCUAGGAAACCAAAACAGUGUCGAUCAGAAUUCUCGCGCAGCUAUUCAGAGCCCUAAUGGAAAUGAACCUUUCGCCUCUUUCGCCAUGAAGCCUAUUGCCCAAGGCGCAUUCGGCGCACCCACGGCACAAAACGUGCUUUCUUCUAUGAACAAAAUCUCAAGUGCUGAAGAAAAGGAGAAUGAUGACAGUAUACUAUGGACGGAUCCUUCAACUGGAAACACGCAUGUUUUGAAUGCUAGGACAGGUUGCGUGAUGCCAAAUGUUCAACCGCGACCGAACACAGACCCUUCUACAAAUUCAUUCAAGUCUGAUCAAAAGUUCAUAAACAAAUCAAUUCGUCUGCCAAGCCGAGCCUCAACAGCCACAGCAAAACCCACGCCCUGGCUGGACAAUGUACUCCAGAACUGGGAAAACCCCGUCUUCAAGCCUAGCGAACAGCGUAUCCAGCAAAUCACAAACAACCAAGACAAACUCAGCCAUCAUCACAACCAGCCCAUGCACAGCUGCUCCCAUCUCACCGACACAUCCUUUGACACAAACACCACCAGCAUCUCUAGCAAACUCUCCAAGCCAGGCCUUCAAACCGCCCAAGUGAUCUCUCAAGUCGACAAGAAAUUCAUCCUCGUGAAAAUGCAACCCGCAUACCAAAGCAGCAACAUCCUCGUCCUCAUCGACCAACACGCCGUCGACGAACGCAUCCAAGUCGAAUCCCUCUUCCAGCAACUCUGCACUUCCUCCCCUCACGUCUACUCCUCCUCGCAACUCGGCCACAAACCAGCCGUCUCAUCCCUGACCCUCGAGAAAGCCCUUAGUUUCACCGUGUCACAGCAAGAACAAUCUCUUUUCACAACGCAUGCUGCGCGUUUCGCUGCUUGGGGUAUUUUGUACGAUACAUCAUCACCGCCGCUAUCGUCAUCGUCAAACCAAGCGUCUCUUGACACGCGGAAGAAGAAUAAGGGAAAAAGUGAAGCAUUACUGCUGGUUACUGCGCUCCCACCUGUAAUUGUUCAGCGAUGUGUGACGGAUCCUAAGGUUUUGAUUUCAAUGCUUCGAUCGACGGUUUGGGGGUACGCCGAGGGACGUAUUCCUCUUCCUCUUCCUCCUCCUGGUACCCCUUCUAUCCCAGAAGAUGAUGAUUGGACAAAAGAGAACAAGGCUUGGGUUCGUGCCUUGUCGACUUGCCCCCCUGCCCUUGUCAAUCUACUCAAUUCUCGCGCAUGUCGCUCGGCAAUCAUGUUUAAUGAUGAGUUGAGUCUUGUAGAGUGUAGGGAGUUGGUUGGGAAACUGGCACAGUGUGUGUUUCCCUUUAUGUGUGCUCAUGGUAGGCCGAGUAUGGUACCGCUUGUGGGCCUGGGUGAGCGAGAUGGAGAGAGAGUAGCAUGUGCAUUGGGGGAUCACAGUGGGAGCGGAAAGAGCUUUGUGCAGGCUUGGAAGGAUUGGAAGAGGUAG